AUGACGGGGAAUCCAAAGCAUGGUACGGUGUGCAUCUUUGGCACGGGAGACUUCGGCCGAUCGUUGGGGCUCCGCCUGCUCCAGGCAGGAUAUGAGGUCGUGUUCGGCUCUCGUGACCCCAAGAACAACUCCCUGGUGCCCAAGGGUUCAAAGGUCAUGACCCACGCGGAGGCCGCUCAGAUGGCUCGGGUCAUUUUCAUAGCCGUGCAGCGGGACCACUACCAAUUCCUGACCUCGCUGACCUCCGCUCUGGAGGGCAAGGUGCUGGUGGACAUCAGCAACAACCUGAAGAUGGGCCAGUACCCACAAUCCAACGCUGAGUACCUGAACAGCCUGGUGCCUGGAGCGUCUGUGGUGAAAGGCUUCAACACCGUGUCAGCCUGGGCCCUGCAGUCAGGCGCGCUUGACGCCAGCCGACAGGUCUUACUGUGUGGGGACGACCCAGGUGCCAAGCAGGCCGUGGUGGACAUUGCCCACAGCCUGGGUCUGAGUGCCCAGGACAGGGGCUCCCUGCGUGCUGCUGGGGAGAUAGAGGACAUCCCCCUGCAGCUCUUCCCCAUGUGGAGGCUGCCCCUCUGGAUCACCGCGGUCCUCUGCCUCAUCCUCAUCCCCUAUCUGAUCGUGUACUACAUCGUCUAUUCCUAUGUGGAGCAAGGCCAGGACAAUAUCUAUCGCAUCAUGCUCUCGCUGCCCAACAAGCUGUCCGCCAUCCUCUCCUUGACGUUGAUGGCCCUGUGCUACCUACCAAGUUCCUUGGCGGCCAUUUUGCAGCUCCACAACGGCACCAAGUACAAGCGCUUCCCCGAUUGGCUGGAUCGCUGGAUGCUGUGCAGGAAGCAGCUGGGAUUGAUUGGCCUGCUGUUCGCGGUCCUGCAUGCGGUGCUGGUCUUUGUGGUGCCCCUUUCGUACAGCUACGAGCACGGUACAGCCUCGGAUAUAGUAGAUCAGAUCAGGGAGAAUGUGACGGAACCGUUUGAAAAUCUGUGGGCCUGGCGUUCGGAGUCCUACAAGUCUCUGGGGGUGCUGGGCUUCGUGCUGUUCCUGCUGCUGGGCAUCACCUCUCUGCCCUCCGUCAGCAACACACUCAACUGGAGGGAGUUCCGCUUCGUACAGUCCAAACUAGGCCACCUGGCUCUGCUCCUGUGCACGGUCCACUGCUUCCUGUACGGCUGGAACAAGUUCCUGUUGCCCUCGCGCUACAGGUGGUACCUUCCCCCUCCGUACAUGGCGGGCCUGGUUGUGCCCUGUGUGGUGCUGGUCUUCAAGCUGCUGGUCCUCACGCCCUGCGUCCACUACAGGGUCAGUCGCAUCCGGCAGGGAUGGGAGAAGCCACGGAGGAGGAGCACUGCUAAUGCUACUGCUGCUAAUGCUACUGUCCCCACGGACAAAGCCACUUCUCUGUGA